CAAUUCACUUUCCCUUCCAAUCUCAACUCUUCCACGAAGAAGUGGAAAACAAAAUCAAUUUGGUUCUGAAACUGAAUCGAAGCAAAGAAGGAAGAAGAAGAAUAAUAAGGAUCAACAAUGGUGAAAGUGGCAACAUACUUCGGCAUGUCCUUAGCAGCUUUCGUUUUCUGGCAAUCCAUGGAUAAGGUCCAUGUCUGGAUCGCUCUUCGUCAGGACGAAAAGCAAGAGAGGUUGGAGAAGGAAGCGGAGAUCAGAAGGGUUAGAGAAGAACUACUGAGGCAACAAGCCAAUCAGAAUGAUUCUUAAUUGAGUGGAAACAUAUGUUGUAAUUUUUCUAUCCUUUUCUUUUUAAUUUCUUGUUGUUAAUGUAAUGUCUUGUGCUCAAAUAAAAUAUGGUACUCGACGAGCAUUUCAAAUUGAAUUGAGUGGAUAUCUAAGCUUGUCCUUUGUUUUUACAUAUAAUCUUGUUCCAUAAAAUGACACUUUUCAGUAAUUGUUACAACAAUACUAGCUUUGCUCA